UUCACUCUCUGUCUUUGUCUUUCAGACUUUGACUCUCUGUCAUUUUUGGCCCAAUCUCCAAGCAAACCCACUUGUGCAUUGUAAUACCCAGUAACAGUUAACCCACUUGCUCCUCUCUCCCACGUCUCUCUUCCAUUGCUAAUUUUUCGUUUUUCCCACCUUUACUCUGUUUCAUAUCGUUCAGUACAGUGAAGAGCUCUCUGUUUUUUCUCAUACACUGUUAAAAAAAAGGAAAAAAAAAAAUACAAAGAAUUAUGGCUUCCUCUUUAGGAUUUCUUCUUGCUAUUACUUUAUUCCAGGUGAUUUUGUUUACUUCUUUGCUGAGUGCUGAGAAGCUGGAUACGGGUGUUCUUUCAAUUUUGGAAGCAAAAUCUGGGGAAAGACAUUCUGAAGAAUACUGUGCAAUGUAUGAUAUAUGUGGAGAACGCAGUGAUGGAAAAGUUUUGAACUGUCCUUAUGGUUCCCCAUCUGUGAAGCCUGAUGAGUUGCUUUCUGCCAAAAUCCAAAGCUUGUGUCCAACAAUAAGUGGAAAUGUGUGUUGUACAGAGACCCAGUUUGACACACUGCGGGCACAAGUCCAACAAGCAAUACCAUUUCUUGUGGGCUGUCCGGCAUGCUUGAGGAACUUCUUGAAUCUUUUCUGUGAGCUUUCAUGCUCUCCAAAUCAGAGUCUAUUCAUCAAUGUUACUUCUAUUGCUGAGCUUAAUGGCAACAUGACUGUGGAUGGCAUUGACUUCUAUGUAACUGAUACUUUUGGUGAAGAGCUUUAUAACUCUUGCAAGGAGGUAAAGUUUGGCACAAUGAAUACACGGGCGAUAGACUUUAUUGGUGCUGGUGCUAGAAAUUUUAAAGAAUGGUUUGCAUUUAUUGGCCAGAAAGCACCCCCUGGUUUUCCUGGUUCACCUUAUGCCAUUGGUUUUAAGCCAAUAGUUCCUGAGUCAUCUAAAAUGGAGCUAAUGAAUGUGUCUACAUAUCCGUGUGGUGACACUUCACUGGGUUGCUCUUGUGGUGAUUGCCCUUCAUCUCCUGCGUGCUCCAGUUCAGAACCUCCUUCUCCACCCAAAAAAGAUUCCUGCUCAGUUAGAAUCGGAUCACUAAAGGUUACAUGCGUUGAAAUUUCACUAGUGAUCCUGUAUAUUGUUUUAGUUUCUGCAUUCUUUGGAUGGGGUUUGUUUCAUAAGACAAGGGAAAGAAGGAAUCGUCCAUCUAGCAUGGAACCAUUGUUGAAUGUUGCAGACAAUAGUGAAAUUGAUGUUGUCAACCUGCGAAAAGAUGGAAAGCUUCUUUCAGAGGUGCAAGACAUGGUUCCUCAAGCAUCAAAUGGGGUUCAUAUUUCUGUGGUUCAAGGGUAUAUGUCAAGCUUUUACAGGAGAUAUGGAAUUUGGGUUGCCAGAAAUCCCACUCUCGUGCUCUGUUCCUCAGUGGCAAUCGUUCUCCUGCUUUGUUUAGGUCUAUUUCGUUUCCAGGUGGAGACCCGACCAGAGAAGUUAUGGGUUGGUCAUGGUAGUAAGGCAGCAGAAGAGAAGCAAUUUUUCGACAGCCACCUUGCUCCCUUCUACAGAAUUGAACAGCUUAUAAUAGCGACCAUGCCUGAUCCAAAGCAUGGCAAGUCACCUAGUAUUGUUACGGAGGAUAAUAUUCAGUUACUCUUUGAAGUACAGGAGAAGGUUGAUGGAAUUUCUGCCAACUAUUCAGGUUCAAUGGUAUCUUUAACUGACAUUUGCUUGAAGCCUCUUGGCCAGGAUUGUGCCACUCAAAGUAUUCUGCAGUAUUAUAAAAUGGAUCCCGAAAAUUAUGACACCUUUGGAGGAGUACAGCAUGCAGAAUAUUGUUUUCAGCAUUAUACUACUGCAGACACAUGCAUGAGUGCAUUUAAGGCUCCACUUGAUCCAAGUACUGCCUUAGGAGGAUUUUCUGGGAGCAAUUAUUCAGAGGCUUCCGCAUUUGUUGUUACCUACCCAGUUAAUAAUGCAAUUGACGAAGUAGGCAAUGAGAAUGGGAAAGCAGUGGCUUGGGAAAAAGCUUUCAUACAGCUAGCGAAGGAGGAGCUGCUCCCGAUGAUUCAGUCUAGCAAUCUUACUCUUUCAUUUUCAUCCGAAAGCUCAAUUGAGGAAGAACUGAAAAGAGAAAGUACUGCAGAUGUUAUAACAAUAAUUAUAAGCUAUCUUGUAAUGUUUGCUUACAUAUCAGUGACCUUGGGAGAUGCACCUCAUUUAUCUUCCUUCUACAUCUCCUCCAAGGUGUUGCUUGGUCUUUCAGGCGUUUUGCUUGUUCUGUUUUCUGUCCUUGGAUCUGUUGGGUUUUUCAGUGCGAUUGGAGUUAAAUCCACGUUAAUCAUCAUGGAAGUCAUCCCUUUUCUAGUUUUGGCUGUUGGAGUAGAUAACAUGUGUAUAUUGGUACAUGCUGUGAAACGGCAAUCCUUGGAGUUACCUUUGGAAGAACGAAUAAGUAAUGCACUGGUUGAAGUUGGUCCAUCUAUAACACUGGCCAGUUUUUCUGAGAUUCUGGCUUUUGCAGUUGGUAGUUUCAUUCCUAUGCCAGCUUGCCGUGUCUUCUCCAUGUUUGCAGCUUUGGCUGUUCUACUAGACUUCCUCCUGCAAGUUACUGCAUUUGUUGCAUUGAUAGUUUUCGACUUUUUGAGAGCUGAGGAUAACAGGAUUGACUGUUUUCCAUGCAUAAAACUUCCUUCAUCUUCUGUUGAACCUAAUGAAGGCAUUAAUGAGAGCAAAGAUGGACUGCUUGCCCGAUAUAUGAAGGAGGUUCAUGCUCCCAUUCUUGGACUCUGGGGAGUUAAAUUAGUUGUCAUUGCCGUCUUUUUUGGUUUUUCUUUAGCAAGCAUUGCUUUAUGUACAAGGAUUCAACCCGGUUUGGAGCAGCAGAUUGUUCUUCCUCGGGAUUCUUACCUUCAGGGGUAUUUCAAUGAUGUCUCUGAGCAUCUCAGAAUUGGACCACCAUUGUAUUUUGUCGUAAAGGAUUACAAUUACAGCUUGGAAUCUAGACAUACAAACCAGUUAUGCUCCAUCAGCCAGUGUGAUUCAGUCUCUCUUUUGAACGAGAUAUCAAGAGCAUCUUUAGUACCAGAGUCGUCCUACAUUGCUAAGCCAGCAGCAUCAUGGCUUGAUGACUUUCUCGUAUGGUUAUCUCCAGAGGCUUUUGGUUGUUGUCGGAAGUUUAUAAAUGGUUCUUAUUGUCCACCUGAUGAUCAGCCACAGUGUUGUUCUCCUGAUGAAGGUCCUUGUGGCUUAGGUGGAGCUUGCAAAGACUGUACAACGUGCUUCCGCCACUCAGAUUUGAUUAGUGAUCGUCCUAAUACAGAGCAAUUCAGGGAGAAGCUUCCAUGGUUCCUCAAUGCUCUGCCAUCUGCUGAUUGUGCAAAGGGUGGUCAUGGCGCUUACACCAAUAGUGUGGAUCUGAAUGGUUAUGAGAGUGGCAUUAUACGAGCAUCAGAAUUUCGUACCUAUCACACCCCACUUAACAAACAAGGUGACUUUGUCAAUUCACUGCGAGCUGCACGGGAGUUUAGCUCUAGAAUUUCUAGUUCUCUACAGAUGAAUAUCUUCCCAUACUCGGUGUUCUAUAUCUUCUUUGAGCAAUAUCUGGAUAUAUGGAAGAUAGCUUUGAUCAACAUUUCUAUAGCACUCGGUGCAAUAUUUAUUGUUUGUUUGGUUGUUACAUCCAGCAUUUGGAGUUCUGCGAUUAUUUUACUUGUUUUGGCAAUGAUUGUUGUUGAUCUCAUGGGAGUAAUGGCGAUUUUAGAUAUCCAACUAAAUGCAGUCUCUGUUGUAAAUGUUGUAAUGUCGAUAGGGAUUGCUGUUGAGUUUUGUGUGCAUAUAGCACAUGCCUUCUUGUUAAGCCAUGGGGAUAGGAACCAACGAGCUAAGAAGGCAUUGAGUACCAUGGGCACUUCUGUCUUCAGUGGAAUUACACUUACAAAGCUCGUUGGAGUAAUUGUCCUUUUCUUCUCAAGAUCAGAAAUAUUUGUGGUUUAUUAUUUCCAAAUGUACCUGGCAUUGGUCCUUAUUGGUUUCUUGCAUGGACUGGUAUUUUUACCAGUGGCAUUGAGCAUGUUUGGUCCACCGUCAAGUAUAAUCAUUGAGAAAGGGCAAGAGGAUGAACCUUCUGCUUUAUCACAGACAAGUUGAUUGGUACAGACUGCUUUUUAUAGGACUAUCUUUAGAAAAUAUAAUUUUAAAAAAAAAGAAGUGGAAAAGAGGGAAGGACCAAGUUCACAGGAAUAUACCUCAAAAAAAAGAGUAAAAAGAAAAGAGCAGCCUAGGUGUAGCCCCUAGCAUGACUGUUAACUGCAAGGUAUUUUAUGCAUCAGAUAUGUAAUCACAAUGUGUGAGUUUUGCUGUGGGAUUCACCCGUUAUGAGAAGGAUGCAUAUAUCCAAUGCAUGAGAUCAUUAUUGUUCGACUACAUAGAGGUUGUAAUAUAAGUGUUGAUGAUUAUAUACUUAACAAGAAAGAAUUUAUGGUAAGUGUUUUGUAGGGUCUCCUGGAUCCUCCCCAAAAGAAAAGUUUUGCAAUUGAACCAA